UGUAUCUGCUGAAGAAAAGCUGCUGGCUGCCAUGACCGAGCGACCGGACGACACUCUCCGUUUCCGCCACUGACCCUCUGUCUCCCGUGCACUUUUUCCGUGUUUUGGCCACCGGUCACCGACGUGUUCGCCGUGUAUGGUCGCAUUCCCGAGUUUUUCCCUCACUAUCGACUGUCCUCCGGGGCUAGCUGGCUAGCAGCGGAGCAGCUGGUCGGACAGAGGUACAGUAGCGUUAGCAAACCAGCUAAUUAGUCUGGAUUACUGACCCAAAUCCAAACUGGUGCUGGGCUCGGUUCGCGACAUGAAGAUCACGGUGGAUUUCGAGGAGUGUUUGAAGGACUCUCCUCGCUUUAGGGCGACCAUAGAGGAAGUGGAGGGGGAUGUGUGUGAACUGGAGUCCAAGCUCGACAAAUUGGUGAAGCUGUGUAUAGGCAUGAUUGAUGCUGGAAAAGCUUACAACGCAGCCAACAGACAGUUUGUAAACGGGAUCCGAGAGCUCGCCCAGCAGUCCACUGAAGAUGAGGUCAUCGAGUCGAGUCUGACAAAAUUUGCUGAAAGCCUGCAGGAGAUGAUCAACUAUCACACGAUACUCUUUGAUCAAGCCCAGAGAUCCAUUAAGACCCAGCUGCAAACCUUUGUGAAAGACGACCUACGGAAAUUUAAAGAAGCCAAGAAGCAGUUUGACAAAGUGAGUGAAGAAAAGGAGACUGCCUUGAUCAAGAACGCUCAGGCGCCCCGCAACAAGCAACAUGAAGUGGAAGAAGCCACCAACAUCCUCACUGCCACGCGAAAGUGCUUCCGUCACAUAGUCCUGGACUACGUUUUACAAAUCAAUGUUUUGCAAUCCAAGAGAAGAUCCGAAAUCCUGAAAUCGAUGCUGUCCUUCAUGUAUGCCCACUUGACCUUUUUCCACCAAGGAUACGACCUGUUCAGUGAACUGCAGCCUUUAAUGAAACAACUGGGAGGGCAGUUGGACCAGCUGGUGGUAGAUGCUGCCAAGGAGAAGAGGGACAUGGAGCAGAAACAUUCCACCAUUCAGCAAAAGGCUGCUCUGCAGGAUGUGACGGAGCCCGACUCGUUACCCGACUUCCGAAACUUUUGUGCGUGGAGGUCGACCUCCGACUUCUCCAACGAUGACACCAAGCUGGAGUACAACGUUGACGCGGACAAUGGAAUCGCCAUGGAAGGCUACCUGUUCAAAAGAGCCAGCAACGCCUUCAAGACAUGGAACAGGCGCUGGUUUUCCAUCCAGAACAACCAGCUUGUUUACCAGAAGAAAUUCAAGGACAACCCCACCGUGGUGGUGGAAGACCUGCGGUUGUGCACCGUCAAACACUGCGAGGACAUCGAGCGGCGGUUCUGUUUCGAAGUGGUGUCUCCCACCAAGAGCUGCAUGAUGCAAGCCGACUCUGAAAAGCUGCGGCAAGCCUGGAUCAAAGCCGUCCAGAACAGCAUCGCCACCGCCUUCCGGGACAAGGGAGAGGACGCCGAGAAGCUGGACAGGAAGUCUUCCACCUCCACUGGGAGUCUGGACUCUGGAGGAGAGGCCAAAGAGAAGUCCCUGAAGGGAGAGAGUGCUCUGCAGAAGGUCCUGGCGAUCCCGGGGAACGCCUGCUGCUGCGACUGCGGACAACCAGACCCCAGAUGGGCCAGCAUCAAUCUGGGCAUCACCCUUUGUAUACAGUGCUCCGGCAUACACAGGAGUCUGGGAGUGCACUUCUCCAAAGUCAGAUCUUUGACCUUGGACACGUGGGAGCCAGAGCUUCUCAAGCUCAUGUGUGAACUCGGCAACGGGGUGGUCAAUCAGAUCUACGAGGCCCGCAGGGAAGAGCUGGGAGCCAGGAAACCUCAGUCAGGAGAUCCCAGACACGAGGUGGAGUCCUACAUCAAAGCCAAGUACGUGGAUCGCAGAUUCGUGCGGCGGCCGUCGGACGAGGAGCUCCGGACCAAAGUGGUUUCUCUCACCAAGCAAGAGAAGAGGCUGAGCAGCAGCUCGGACCACCUGCCCCCCCGGCCACCUCCGCCCACCCCCAAACUCAGACCGGGGUCCAACUCCUCUGGACAAUCAGCUGUUGCCAGCGGCUCGGGGGCCCGCCGUGACUCUCUCUUCUGUGCCGAUGAGCUUGACUCGCUCUUCUCCUACUUUGACAACUCCUCCAAACUCAGGAGCAAACAACCCUUACAUGUGAAAAGUGCCGACAGUGGCAUCCAGAACAGCGAUGGAAGCCGGGAGAUGCUGGCCGUCGCCCCGGCCGCCAACAACCUGACUGAGGCUGAAGCCGUGGAGGCUCCACCCAUGCCCAUGCCGUCCACCCUGCCCCCUCCCUCGCCCUGCAAGGAGGUGGUCUUCUACGAGCCCAAGGAGUACAGUCAGGGCCUGCAGCUUUACUGGGCCUCGUGCGCCCGCAGCCUGCCGGACAUGGCCGAGGCCCUGGCCCAUGGAGCUGAGGUCAACUGGGUCAACACAGAGGACGAGAAGAGGACGCCGCUCAUCAUGGCGGUGCAGGGGGGCUCGCUGGUCACCUGUGAGUUCCUGCUUCAGAACGCGGCCAACGUGAACCAGCAGGACGCUCAGGGCCGAGGACCCCUGCACCAUGCCACCAUGCUGGGACACACUGGGCAGGUGUGUCUGUUCUUGAAAAGAGGAGCCAAUCAAAACGCGGCAGACAUUGACGAGAAGACGCCACUGUCCAUCGCGGUGGAGGCCGCCAACGCUGACAUCGUCACACUGCUGCGGCUGGCCAAGAUGAACGAGGAGAUGCGCGAGGCGGAGGGUCCGUACAGCCAGUCAGGAGACGAGACCUACCAGGACAUUUUCCAGGACUUCAGCCAGAUGGCCUCCAACAACCCAGAGAAGCUGAACCGCUACCAGCACUACGACCAGCAGCGGCACUGACGGGACUCACCACUGGGGGGCGGCAAAGCGUCCCUCCUGUUUGGUCCAACUGAAAGAGAAGCGUUGGAAGUGGAGUGGUACAAUCCUCAAGCAUUUAGCAGAAGCUGUUUCAGCACGUUCUCUAAUCCACAUUUAUGUUCAACGUGAGGAACAUUCUUAUUGUUAGACGUUUUUUUUUUUUCAUACUUUUUUUUGCGUGGAAUGAAUGUGACUCAGUCGGAAGUGAAGCAUCACUUCUUUUAGCUUAAACCGCUUUCAAGACUCGAGAUGAUUUGUAUUUUUUUAAGCCGAGAAGAUGGAGCUUUACUCCGAAUGUUGAGGGGAUGGUUUGACUCGGCACCAUUUCCGUGAGGUCUGCCGUCCUUUGAAGUAAAGCCAUUUUAGCCACUUUGAUUCUGGUUCAAACCCCGGGUUGAAGACUUUAUUCUUCCUCUCAGUCAGAGGUGCUGAUCCUCACCUGCCUACCGCCUUAAAUCCAGCAGAACCAAACCCCACACUCUGGGGUUGUUUUUAGCAUCAGUAGAUGAUCCAAAUGAUCACUUGUAAUUUAUUUUUUAAUAAAUGUAGAGCUCAUCUGCUUGUUGAUGUCGCAGAUUUUCUCCGUCAAACGUGAUGUCGCAAAGAACUGAAUCCUGAAUUGGAACUUUGCUAUUCCCCGGUCUCACAAUUUGGUCCAGUCCCUGAGGCGCGGACGGACGCAGCAUGGGAUUGUUUCUCUCGUAUGGUCGAUGAAGUCAGUGGUACUUGAAACGUUUGUGAAUGCGGCGGCAUGUUGUACAAUGUAUGUAAACACAGCAGUAAACCUGAAGAUUCUCACCUUGGUUUCCGUCU